AUGGCCUUUCCUUCAGCCCUUCUUGUCAUCACUCUUACCCUACUUAUCUCAGCCACCAUGCCAUCAUCUCAAGCCCUCAGAGUCAAUAACCUGCCUAUCGGUAGCAUACGUACAGGGGGCACAAUUGUAUGUGCAGAUGCUUCUAUAGCCACGGCUAGAACUUACAGACCAAUCCCACGAGCACCGAUUCAACUGCUCUGUGGAAGCGGUUCCACCGACGUUGUGCUCGGUCAGGUUGUGACCAAUCUUUCAGGCGUUUACUUCUUUGUCCUCACGGUGGCUGAUACCCUACUCAUUGAUCCGAACAGGUGCUAUCUCCGCGUCACCAUACCACCAAACACUUGCACUCUCUCAAUCCCUAAUGGUUUCCUCAGGAUUCCUUUGGUGGUGCUUGAUGUUGUCCAAGCCACGCUUGGGAACGUGCUUCUUUUCGGUCAAGGUCCUUAUUCCUAUGUGCCUUACUGA